GUAUAACACCUGCUGUUUAGCAUAGCCCGUUUUCUCAUAUUUGUUGUCCAUACCCGCCUGCACCAGUGCACAGAGACCUUGAGCGGCAACCUCUCGUACGCGUUUGUUGUGUACCAAAAGUGGAUUAAUACAACAGUAUGCAGCUGUCGCGACAGCCACGGAAUUUGCGUGGCAAUGGCUGGCCGCGAGUGGCCGUGCCCGGGCUCAGGGCCUCCAUGGUUGCUAAAUCCGUCGACCCCCAGUCGGAGACAUCAACAGCGCCCGAGGCAACUCCUACUUGUAAAACCAAUCGCACCUUCACCGCUGCCAGCACUUCCGCUCCGGUCGCCUCCUCUGCGGUCGCCUCCUCUGCGGUCGCCUCCUCUGCGGUGCCGCUGCCAGGCCCGUCCGCGCGGCCCACACCAGCGGAGCUGGACGGGCUGCGGUUCAAACUUGACGCGAGUGUGGAGCGCUGGAGCACUCGUGAAACCUUCAUGACUGCAGCCAUCAGCGAUCCAAAGGACAACAAGAAGGCCAGCGACCUAUCCGGCUCCAACAUGAGGCUUGCAGACGUGCUGCCGCGACUGCUGCAGCCGGCCAGUGGCGCCGGCGCGGCGGCGACCGACCCCAAGCGCGCCGCGCACUGGGCCUACCACCUGGUCCGACACCUGGGCUUCAACGGCUUGGCCUUCGCGGGCUUCGCCGCACACGACCUGGUGGAGCGGCUGCAGCGGCUGCAACGCCAGGUGGCGGGCGGCGGAAGGGGCAGCAGCAGCGGCGGCACCUCACGGACGCCAUUUGAGAAGUUGUUGGAGGGGGCGGAGGCCGAGCUCGCAUACCGGCUGAGUGACUUCAUUGAGGCGGUGGACCAAGACUACGACAACAUCCGGUCCGGCUACUACCCACUGCCCUGGGACAUGACCUCGCCCCGACACCGCCAGUACAACCCAGCCUACGUGGCCGCCUCGUCCGCGGCAUACGUGGGCGAGUGGGUCAAAAUCACUCAGCGGCGGCUGGCUAAGCAGCCCGAGCCCGUGUGGCUGGACGGCGGCAAGCUGUACCCGCAGUACUACAACAAGACAUUCCAUUUUCAGACGGACGGAUGGUUCUCGGCACGGUCAGCCUUCGUGUAUGAGACCACCACUGAAGCGCUGUUCUCAGGGCUGCAGGACAUCAUGCAGCGCACCACCCUGCUGCCCAUCGCCGACUACGUGCGCGAGGCGGAGUCGGGCUCGGGCCCCGCCUCAUCGGCCUCGGGCGCCAGCGAGCGCAGCCCAGCGCAGCUUCGGCUGCUAGAGGUGGCGGCAGGCACCGGCCGCUUCCACACCUUCAUCAAGGAUGCGUACCCCGACAUGCGCACGGUGUGCUCCGACCUCAGCCCCUUCUACCUCGCCCGCGCGCGCAACAACAUGCGCUACUGGCGGCGCUUGCGUGCGCGCGGGCGGUUCCUGGGCGGAGUGGACGAGACCGGCACGGAGUUCCUGCAGACUGCCGCGGAGGACAUCGCCGCGCCCGACGACAGCUUUGACAUCGUUGUGUGCGUGUACCUGUUCCACGAGCUUCCCGAGGCGGUGCGGCGCCGCGCCGUGUCCGAGUUCGCGCGCGUGCUGCGGCCGGGCGGUCUGCUGGUGCUCACAGACAGCGUGCAGCUGGGAGACAGGCCGGGACUGGAACGCAACCUGGACGUCUUCGGCAAUUUCAACGAGCCCUACUACAGGAACUACCUGUCCUGCGACCUGGGCUCCAUGUGCGAGGAGGCGGGCCUGACCCCCGACACCAAGUACCUGUGCUCCGCCACCAAGACGCUCAGCUUCCGCAAGGCCGCGGUGGGCGAGGCGCCCGCAACCGCCCCGGCCGUGUGAUUCGGGCAAUGCGGGGCCACGAUGUGUGGCGCAUGUGCGGUGUCAGGGCUGUCGGUGCAGGUGCUGCUGAGGCUGGUUGCACCAAAGGCCUACUGAGGGCCGAGCAGCUGAGGGGUGCUGAUGUGUAUGUUGGGGAGGGGGCAUGAACGCGGUCGCGUCCGCACCCUACGACUGCGUGUCGUCCAGGAGGUUGAGUGUAUCGUGAGCCCGGCUGGCCCGGCGCCAUCGUGUAUCCUGUGCCCGUAACUCAUGUUUGAUGGCAGGGUGAAGCGCUUGCACUUACAAUUUUGACGGGACUAUGGUGGGACGGCAGUGUCAAGCGCACGGCAUAUUGUCCGUUGUGCCAUGACAGGAGGUCCGGCACUGGUGAUGGCAGGUGACCAGGAGGUGGUAGGCAGGGGAGCCACAGUACGUGGAGGAAAGCAACUAAGCAAAGUGUUGGCCGCACGUCCUGAAACCCUGUGUCGGCGUUCGUGCACUUUGACUGCAGGCCGAGCCAUCAAUAACAGGAACACCAGUGUGGGCAAGAGUGUAAUC